GAUAAAAAUUCCCUUAUUAGCAACUUCACCAAUCUCUUUUCUGACUCCCAAUCCUCGGGCAAAUUAACCAAUUUCACCAUCACUGAUUUUGGCUCUCACCUAAAAAAAGCCCAAGUUAGUUUUGGUAAUGUCAAUUUAGGUAUUUAUAAACAAGGUUCUCGUAAAAAACCGGCUCCGCUUUUUCACGAUGAACAAUCCGAAAAAGAAAUUUACGACUUAGUCUCCCAACUUAAAUUUAAAGGUCAUUAUUAUGCUUCUUUACGAGCUAACUGUGUCUUUGCUAAUUGUGAAUGUCAACAUUAUUAUCAAACGGUUGCUCCCGCCACUUCCUCCUUCCUCGCUGAAAAAAGAAUUGCCAAAAAACGCCUGGCUCGCGAAUUAGAAGGAGUGAAUGACUUAUUUGCUAACGCCAUUGCUACCAUUCAAAAACUCUGA